UGACGAGAAAACAGCCAUGAAAUCGUUAUGGAUAUUUUAUCUGGGCAUUAUUCCACUGUGUAUAGUGAAAUGCGAGUACAGAACAUACUACCUUAAUGAGCAUUGUGGUCGAACUCUGCAUGUGGAGAGUUUUAUCCGACUCCAGGCGUCCAAAGACAACCAUCUGCGGCCAGACUUGACAUGUCUGGUGUACCUUUCAGCUACACCUGGAGAUUCUUCGAGGAUCCACACUCGCUUUCGCAGCAUCGACCUGUCCAUACGAACAUCAAAAUGUGAGAGGUCAAGGAUAGAACUUUACGAAGGAACAAGAAAUGCAAAUCCGCUUACACCAAUCAACGGACUUUGUGGGGACUUUCUUUACAAAACUUACAGCUACUUUACUGUCAAUGAGAGUAUCAUGACCUUUAAUUUGACAACUGGUCCUUCUACAAAAGAGGGUUCAUUUGAUGCAAUUGUUACAAACUUCCAUAAAGUCGAAGAAGAUGAGAAGUGUUUAUAUAAGUGGUGGAAAUGUCGAAAUGGCCGGUGUGUUCAUCCAUCAACCAGAUGCAACUCGUUUGAUAAUUGUGGAGACAACAGCGAUGAGACAUACGAAACAUGUGACACAACAAUGUAUUUUUAUGAAAAUUGUGGACAGGAAAUCCACGUUUAUGAUUCUUUAUAUUUAAAACUGAAGUCAAAUGACGGCUAUUUGAUACCGGAUGUGUUGUGCGAUAAUAUUGUGGUAGCCCAUGGUAAAUUUCCAGACCUUGGCGAGGUUGUUAGUGUUUAUGCACAUUUUCGCUCUAUAAGUCUUUCACAGCCAGAAGAUGGAGUAUGCAUGUCCUCUAGAAUUGAUAUCUACAGCGGAUUAAAGGAGAAAAAGAACCUAACAGGAAGUGAAGGACUUUGUGGGAAUUCGUUAGCAAUUGCAGACUACUCAACUACAGACGAUAAUUUCAUGCCUAUAGAAUUCAAGACAGAUAUAAUCACACAACGGGGAAAUUUUGAAAUAAUUCUUACCAGUUUUCAUACGCCCACUUCCGGGGAUUGUUUAUCGGGUGAGUUCCGUUGUGAUAAUGGUUGGUGUGUGGACUCGACGGUAAAGUGUGAUGGUUUUCAGAACUGUGUUGACA